CUCCGGCCACCGUAUGAUGACGUGGUCUGUGCUGGAGUGCAAAAGCCGUAAUACAAACUUGCCGUGGACAACGCGUCAACGUCACCUGUCAUCUCUUUAAGCUCAUUUCUUCAACAUUUUGUUGUGUUGAGCGUUGAAAACGUUCCACUCGACCGGUUGAGGAUGAGACGCGCCGGUUUGGGCGAAGGAGGCCCUGGGAAUUAUGUGGCGAGCGGAUACAGCGUGUAUGAGGAGGAAAACGAACAUCUACAGGAGGGACUCAGAGCGAAAGUCAGCGCUUUGAAAAGUCUGUCUAUCGACAUUGGGACGGAAGUCAAGUAUCAGAAUACAAUGCUGGGCGAUAUGGACACCGACUUUGACUCGACAGGCGGCCUGCUCGGUGCCACUAUAGGCAGAGUGAAGCAGCUGUCCAGAGGCAGUCAGACCAAACUGCUGUGCUACAUGCUUCUCUUCUGCCUUUUUGUCUUCUUUGUCCUGUACUGGUUCAUCAAGCUGAGGUGAUAGGAGGCCAAGUCCGACAAGGCCCUCCUUACUAACCCUCCCCGAUAAGUGUCAAAACUAGACCCACGUAAUGUUGAUGAGGAGAGGCAGGGACCUCUCAAGUGUCUCAGCUUAUUAUGUGCCCACAUCUCAAAAAGUAGUUAAUGAAUUAAAAAGUAAAGAUAAAACCACUCUUGAUGAUGCCAUGUGGUAAAAUGGAUCUGAGAUUAAAGAGUGUGAAUUAACAUUUCUAUGUAUCGGACGCUGGAUGAGACAUAACAUUGAAUGUU